UGCCCUCACUCGUUCGGUUGGUCAGGCAUACGUUCGGUCGUCUUUGCUCAAAAAGCACAUCUAUAUAAAUCCAUAUAUACAUGUAAUUCUUAUUAUAAUUUUUCUUCUUUUGCUGUUCACUUAUAUAUAAAUGUACAUAAAUAAUUUUUUAUUGUGUGACAUACAAAAAUAAAAAGUAUUCUUUGGCACAUAUUGUGUACGGGUGGGUUGUAAUGCGAAGUGAGUUUCGCAUUGUUUGUCUGCACUAACGCAGCAGCAGCAGAAGCAGCACCAGUAGAAAUAAUAAUAACAAAAGGUUGUUUUUUUUCUUUCGCUCUACACAGUGGAAAAAAAGUAAUUGGUGUCCAAUUUUUGGUGUGUUUUAUUUUGCGUUGGGUAUGGGAAAUCUGCAACAGCAACAACAACAACAACAACAACAAAAAUCCAACAUAGAAGUCAAAGAACAGAGAAUUCAACUAAGAAUUUGAAACGAACUUACCACAUUAAAAAAGCAAUAUUCUAAUUUAUUGGUAAUCGUUUGUUGUUUUUGGUUUUCCUUCCAUCAAUUCGAUUCAGUGAAGACAGUGAGUGAGAGAGAAUAAAUAAGCAAUUGUGUCGCUAUCGGUCUAAUAAUUUUUCUAUAUGGCAAACAUUGGCAUUGCUUGCUUGGCUUUUAUUUCUGCGUUAGUUUCUCGUUGUUAGUGAACAAGCGCUAAGAAAGCAUUAUUUUGCCACUUGGCUCUGUGUUUAAGUGUUUUUGCUCAUUGUGUUUGAAGGUUGACGGCGAAAAACCACGACCACACCAUCAAUUUGGCCACAAUUUUUGUGCAAUAACAUUGGAAUCCAUUGAAUAAAUAAUAACGAAAAAUAAGUGAGUGAGAGAAAAAGAAGGCAAGGAAUAAAGAAAGAAACAGAAAAUAAAACACGGCAAGAGGGACAGACACGAAAAUAAAAAUCAAGUCAGAGCUAUUUAAAGUGUUUAACACGAAAAAUUGAAAGACUGGUUUGAUUUUGAAAAAAAAAAAGAAGAAGAAGAAGAAAGACGAUAAAAAAUAAAAAGAUUCCCGUUCAAUGGCUUGACUUUGGGUGCUUGAGCCAACAAUAAACGAUUUUGAAGGAGGAAGCAGCAAUUUGCACGAAAUUGAUUCGAAAGCGUGAGAUGAACGAAUGUAGCUGAAAAUAGAACAUCCAAGCAAGCACCAUAUCUGAUAUCAAUCGUCAAACAACAGCGUAUGGAAUUCGGUGCGGUUCUGGUCAACAUAUUCAGUUGAACAGGAGAGUAUUGCUGACGCUUUGCAUUUCAUUGGCGGGGGAAAAUCCAAUUUGAUUCUUUGCUCUUCAAGCGUAAACAGUGAGCGAAAUUGCGACGCGACAGAUAUUUAAAAGACGCGGCUCCUGUAUGUUUUUGGAAUAUGUGGUAUGUGGUAUAUGGGAACACGUGAGUAAUCUGAAUGCAGAUGUACAAAACGGUGUCAUGAAAACAAUAACAAAGCCACGGACCAAUUGAAAGCGACAGAAUUCCAUCGAUGUGCAUAAAAUGUGAAAACAACAACAACGGCAACAGCAACAGUCUCAAGUUUCGCUGAAAACAUUGAACCGCGAACGAACCAGAGACGAGAACGUUUGGUUUCAUUUCACCAAGUGCAUGUAAAACAAAUUCAAGGCAUCUAUUCACAUAUAUACAUACACACACACACGGACACGUAUCGUGUUCGCAACAACGGCAAACAACCAAAAUUAAGACUAAUUCGAUCGACACAAAACCGAAUAUAUCGUGCGAAACGAAGUAAACAGCUUACACAGAGCUCUCAGCUGAUUGUCGGCGUGAAAGUGUGUGUUUGAAGCUAGAAGGGAGGACAGAGAGAAUUAAACACACACAUAUACAUCACACAGCGUCGGAGAAAAAGAGAGAGAGAGAGAGAUUGGCAAAGAAGGUUGACAAUCGCACACAACAAACAACAAUCGCUGGCGAAAAAAAAAAUCAGCACAUUUUAACGAUAUAUAGAUAAAUAUAUAAUCAAACAAUCGAUGCGUGCAUGUGAAAGCCGUCAACGAUGCAAGCACGCCAAUCUACUGAUUCCAAUUGAAACUCUCUCGCCAAACGAAAACACAGAUCGCAAACGAGCGCGCGCACGUAUACGCCACACCACACCGUACACACACACACACACACACACACACACACACACACACACACGACCAAAUAACAAAACGCUCCGCGCAAAAGAAAAAAGGUUAAAACCGAAAAAAAAAUUGUUUUCAUUAAAUUUUAUCUGUCGAAGCGCGCGCAAUUGAUAUAGUCGCCUUGUUAUUAUCGUACCCACUCGCCGAGAAUUGAAAGUGACGGAUAAACAGUGUUAGUGCUAUUUUUAAGUAAAUAACAAUCGAGUUUCAAAAGGAAAAACAAAUAGUACACAAACUCAAACAGACGGAAUUAAGAAAAUAAUCAAUUUAAAAUGUAAAAGAAAAAAAAAAACAAAACAACAAAUGAAAUGAUUGAAACAUGUUUUGCUCCUUCAGUGCAAUGAAUGGCAAUUAGAAAACUCCCGUGAGUCAAAGUGGAAAAACAGAAGCAGCAGGAGCUAAGAACGUUGUUGGCUAACAAUCAUAUUUAUACAAAUGUGAUUGAAGUAGUGAUUUUGGCGGGUCAUAGGAGUCCAUGGUCAUAGGCCGAUCCAUUAACCGUUAUCGUGUUAUCAGUGAUAGAGCGAUAGAAAACGAUUGAGAGAGAAGAGAAUUCAAUAUCAAUUGAUAGAUGUGUUUUGUGCGCGCUAAAAUUAAAGCUUCGGCCCCGAUUAGAUCGACAUAAAUGAUUCUAUCGCAUUCGAAAUAAGGGACACUGAAACGACGGUCCGGCUUACGUUUUAUUUUCCCUUCUUCUAUAUUCGUUGUAUUGCGAACGAAUACGUUUAUCGCGAUUCUUAUUGUUUGAUAAAUACUCCAUACAAAAUGACGACGAUUUGUCGAUAAAAGAAAACGAAAAUCUAGGAAUAACACGUGAAAGAAUUUCCGUGACAAAAUACACAAGAGAAAAAUAGAGAAAAAAAACUCAACAGAAAACAUAACAAAACUCAAUUGAAGGAAGAAAAAAAGCGGUGUGAAAAUUAUUAAUUUUGGUGAUUGUUCCGUGACACAUCCACUGCGCGAUUCAGUCGCUCUCUUUUUUAUUGUUCGUAAUAGUUUAGCAUAUAUAAAUAAAAGCGGAAAAUACGCAUAGUGUUAGUGAAGAGAGAAAAGGAGAAAGAGAAGUUGAAAAACACACACACGCACGUAAUUAAUUAAGAAAAUGCAUCAUAACAACGAUAUGAUUAGUGGUAAAAUAUCAUCCGAUAUUGAGAAUAUGGAGUGGAACAUGGGGACGACAGCACAAUUGCCAAAUGUUAGAUUUGGGUCAAGUAGCAGCCAAGCGUCACAAAAUAGCGGCGACAUUUGUCGAAUAUGCCAUUGCGAAAGUGAUCCACAGAAUCCAUUGCUGACGCCAUGCUAUUGUUCCGGCAGCUUAAAAUAUGUCCAUCAAACGUGUUUGCAGCAAUGGUUGACAGCGUCCGAAACGAACUCGUGCGAAUUGUGCAAAUUCCCAUUUAUAAUGCACACCAAAAUAAAGCCAUUCAAUGAGUGGCGAAGUUUGGAUAUGUCGGGUGUGGAGCGUCGUCGUUUGUUUUGUGCAGUUUUGUUCCAUUUUGCAGCGGCGCUAUGUGUGAUUUGGUCGUUGUGUGUGCUCAUUGAACGUGCUGCCGAAGAAGUGAAACGUGGUCUCAUCGGUUGGCCAUUCUGGACAAAAUUGGUAGUGGUGACCGUUGGUUUAACGGGCGGUGUGGUGUUCAUGUACAUUCAAUGCCGACAGUAUCUUCAUUUAUGUCAUCGAUGGCGUGCGAGGAAUCGAAUUUUGCUCAUUCAAAAUGCACCGGAGAAGAUACAUCCAAUAUCACCACCGUCACCCGUACUUGUCGUCCGACAUCACAAUCUUCCACAGUACAAUCAAAUGCCCGCAAUGAUGAAUGCAUCGAACGGUGCGUCCGGCUAUAAUCGUUCGAUGGCGCAGAGUCAAUGCGUGGCAAACAUUGAAAAUAAUCCAUUAAAUUAUGAACGUGAUUGGCAAUUGGAUGAUUCCAGUCAGUCAUCGUUUAAACCAUGUCCGCAGGGUUCUGGUUCGAUGACACCAUUACCAUUUCACGAUUCCGCUCACACAAUGUAUGAAGCUAAUAGUCAGUUGCGUAGCGUGCAUUCGUCAAUGGAUGGCUCCGGUUUAGAUCUCAAUCAAAUUCCCAACUCAGCACAAGCGAUGCCAUUAACGGGUGGCACCUCCUCAAAUACGAUCGCAUCCACUUCCAACAAUCCAUUGGGCCAACAACAGCAGCAGCAGCAGCACAAAAAUGACUAUGGCUUGUUUAAGGUUCACUCGAGCGGACAGCAUCGCAACAGUAGCAGCAACCAACAGCAUCAUCACUAUCCAACGUCGUCCGUAUUUUUGGAGAACAGUGAUAUUCUAGAUGAUAAAGACUAUCCGAAAUUGUAUCAUCGGCAUUCAGCCAUUAUGAUGGCACCGGAUACAAUCAGUUGUGAUAGCGAUGCAAAAAUUCGACGAUACUCGGACACAAAACUAUUGCAUGCGGCCAAUCAUUUGGACGAUGAUGAUAAUGAAGAAAGUGAUUUAUAUAUGAAUGACACGUAUAACAAUCAUCCGAUGCCAAUUUUUAAUGUGGCCACCGUUCUGGGAGCCUCAAUUCCCACAACCACACACGAUACACAUCCGGAAAAUUAUCAAAUCACCGAUAUCAUUUUCGAUUCAAAUACAACGGGCGGCACCUAUGAUCCACUCGAGCUAAACAUUCAAGAAAUGCUUGAACUCGAUGGCAGCCGAAAUGUGCUACGCAAACCACGUUAUUCCAUGAACAAUGUGGCCGAUGGUGUUGAUGAAAAAUGUAACAUUCACUAUUCGGAUGCUGGCAACGACAACUAUAGCAGCAACGGUGGCGUCGGUGGCGUCAGCACCAAUAACAGCACCGCAUAUGUCAACAAUCCAGACAAUCGUAACAUGUUCAAAUCGAUGCCAAAUCUCAGCGCCAGCAGCGAAAAUCUAUUGCAAAAAUAAAUCGACAACAUGAUACAUUAUUCGGAUCGUUGGAUUGUUUCGGCACACAAACACAAUAUGAAAAAUGGUCAAGAUUUGGUCGCCAACCAAUUUUGUUUUGAAAUUACACACAAAGAAGCUUUAAAGACAUCUUGAUCUAUUUUUUUUUUUUUUUCAUUGGUUUGGCCACAAACAAAUCCCAUUUUGAAGAAGAAAAAAAAUCAAUUUACUCCGUUUUCAAACUCAAUAUCAAUCAAUGUUUAAUUGAAGAGCACGGAUUGUG